AUGCAUAACUUUGAUAACAAUCUUCCUACAAAUCUUGAAUUCUUUGUGUGCUUCGCAUUUUCAACUUUGGGGUUUCUAUUAGCUAUUGCAUUCAUCUGGCCGUCAAUCGUAUGUGUCCUUGUGUUCUUGGUUGCAACGUAUGUAUAUUAUACAAGAUUUUUCAGUCCAGGUUUCUUCAAUGUUAAACGCUUAGAAAACACAACUUCAUCGUUAGCUAUUUCACAUAUAACAGCCACUGUACAAGGAAGUGCAACUAUACAGGCGUACAACAAAACUGAACAUUUUCAAAAUACGUUUGAAACAUUGCUGACGAAUAAUUCUACAGCUCUGCAUCUGAACGAGGCGGUAUUGUUAUGGGUGUGGAUUCGACUUGAUGUCCUUACGAUCAUCGGUCUACUUGCUUCAACACUUUAUGGUGUAUUCAACCAAGGGACGCUUUCGUCUCCAGUAACCGGGCUUCUAAUCACAUUGUCAUACAUAGUAACUACAGGACUGGCUAUUUUGGUAUUGAAGAACUAUUUACAAAUCUCCCUCCGAUUGAUAUCAGUUGAAAGGGUAGAAGAGUAUAUUCGAGAUGUUGAGCCAGAGGAGACAAUGAAUAUAUACAACAAUAAAGACGAUUGGGUUGUUGAUGGAAAAGUACAGUUCAAUAAUUACAGCAUGAGGUACAGAAAAAACCUUCCAACAAUUCUAAAUGACGUCACCAUAAAGAUCAACGCGGGAGAAAAAGUUGGAAUUGUUGGGAGAACAGGAUCUGGAAAAUCAUCUCUUGGUGUUGCGAUGUACCGCCUAGCUGAACGCGUAGAAGGCACAAUUACAAUAGAUGAUGUUGAGAUUCAUAAUAUCAAGCUGAACAAGUUACGCCAAAAACUUUCAAUAAUCCCCCAAGACCCGGUACUCUUUGCUGGCACAGUGAGGUACAAUCUUGAUCCAUUCAACGAAUUCAGUGACGAGGAUAUCUGGAAAGCCUUGGAGAGGACACACGUCAAAGACUUGAUAUUUACUUUGGGUGAACAGCUUGAGGCACCGGUUGUCGAAAAUGGUGAAAACUUUUCCGUUGGAGAACGUCAGCUGAUUUGCAUGGCAAGAGCUCUGCUUCGUAAAAAUAAGAUACUGAUAUUAGAUGAAGCCACGGCGGCUAUUGACACGGAAACUGACAGUAUGAUCCAGCAAACGAUCCGAGAAUCGUUCUCAAAUUGUACAUUACUUAUCAUUGCACAUAGACUGAAUACCAUUCUCGAUUGUGAUACCAUAUUGGUAAUGGACGGCGGCCGGGUUGCUGAAAUGGACCGUCCCGAAGUCCUUCUUGCAGACGAGGACUCUGUUUUAAACAAGAUGAAAAAAACAUAUUUUUCUACAAAAUAAAUAAUGAAAGCUAAGGAACCUGUCGAUUAAAAUAGUUAAAUAGUCUUGUUUAAUAUGGAAUUUAUUUAAUUUUAAGUAAUUAUACAGUAACUGUUACCAGAAGGCAUUCACAUUUGAUGGGCUAAUAUGUAUGCCUAACCUUAUUUAUUUGUAUCAAUUUGAUAGUUAUCUAAACUUUAAAUAUAUUAUUGUUGUUAUUUAUAAUGAAGAACAAAAACAGAUUUAUUGGAAAGUGUAUAAGUGAAAACAAUACCAUCAGGGGAAGAAUUAUGGGGGGGGGGGUGACAGGCCGGCCCCGCUCCCUCCCCGCCUCCCAUUGGAAAGUAAUAAAAAAAAGAAAAAGAAAAAAUUGAUUGCCCAAAAACGCUUGAACAUCUGUUGGAUUCGCCAUUGACCAUGUCCAGAAAUCCGUACAGAUCUUGAUCAAUUAAAUCAAUAUUAGAAUCUCCUAUUACGAAAUGUGGAAAAUAUAUCCAUAGAAUGCACACUAUGUAUCUCUAUAACGGAUAAUUUUAUAUUAUUUUUUGAGCACAUUCCUGAAUUCAUUAUUCAUUAAAAAAUUGCACACACAGUGAGGCACUGAAUGGCGUAAUUUUGUUUCAAAAAAGUAUGUUAAGAGGUCUCUUAACAACUCCUUAUUUUUUUAAAACUUAUACCUAUAUUAUCAAUCCUAACAAUAACUUUAAGAAAAUUAUUCAUAUGGUGGUUUAAUGGAUUGGUUUCAAUUUAGUGGGUAUAGGAAUAGCAACAGCAUCACCGGCUAGAAAGUAGUAAAGUUUCACUCUUGUUCCUCUCACUAGGCCUAAACUUUCCAUUUUAUAACGAUCGGAACGGAAAUGUUUUUCUAUGCUUCUUUUGUCUUCACUGGUAUAUAUCUCAAUUUAAUUAACAACUCCCUGCUCUCGCUAACGUUUACAAAUUAAAUAAUAGCGUUAAUUACUUUACUUGUAUUAUUCGAAAAGAGUAGGUUGUUCCCCCGGUGUACUGGUCCAUUUCAGCCCAGUGUCCGGCCACAGACGGAGCGUUUACGUCGCGGCCCAUGUCAGGUAUCCUACCUGCGAAUCCUUCUACCACACUACGUAAGCAAGAUCAUACACACUUGCUACGUACGGUAGUUGUAGCAAAUUGUAUUUUUCUUUAGUUAAGUUCUUACAUUUGUCUAGCUUUAAGUAGUUGUUUUCCUCUUCAUUCCUUAGUUAUAUGUAUUGUGUAAUGUCAAAUAAAUAUUAUUAUUAUUAUUAUUAUUAUUAUUAUUAUUAAUAUUAUUAAUAUUAUUAAUAUUAUUAUUAUUAUUAUUGUUAUUAUUAUUAUUAAUAUUAUUAUUAGUGACUGACGCGAGAAGAAGACUUGUAUCAUGACUUUUACACAUUGACCUAGUUAUGUGUGCAGACGAGUACUAGUACUGUACCCGCAUUAUUACAUGUCUGUCUUCAACACUAAAGUAGUUCCAUAUGCAGUAAGUCAAUUCUAUUUCAUAAUUUUAUUGAUUCGUUGAAUGAGUUUUUGAUAGCUGCAUUCACUAAAAAUCUUGCUAAUCAUGAUGAUUUAGCACAGUUUGUCUAAACUGACUCUUCGGAUAACAUUGUUGGACAAAAUAUCAUUUAGAUUCCGAAUUGUUAACCGUAAGUUAAGAUUUUCGUGUGAGGUAUUUAAGUUGAAAAUGCACAGACAUAAUGUGUAAUAUUAAUUCACGCAAAAGCAACAUUUCUUUUUAGAACUAUCUACGUGGUGUACUGCAAGCAUUGUCAUGGUAUUAAAUUGAUUUUCCAAGUCCGUAA